GAUUGAUCGGCGACAGCGUGCCCGACCUCAUUCUAGUGUGGCGAAGCUCUGACGAAAUACAUUGCCGGAAAUCGUUCUGAUAUAACCCCGCUUCGACCUCCACCUCACUUCGCGCUUCCGUCGCCGCCAGUAUGGAAGUAACGGGCCUUCUCUUGGGUGCCGUGGGCCUCAUAGUCCCAACAUAUCAGGCGGUACAGUCACUCACGAACCGGAUCGCCGCCACCAAGAAUUUUCCCCGGAAACUGCGUACCCUCAAUGCGCAAAUCUCCCUGCAGAAGAAACUCUUCGACAAUGAAUGCAUCCUCCUCUUCUCGUCAGAUUUCGACGAGGCCCUGAUACGCGAGAUGCUGUCGAACGAAGGCCAUCCGAUGUGGGAAGAUCGCGAUUUCCAGGAGAAGUUCAAGGCACAUCUCGGCGCUUUCUUCGACGAGAGCGUACUACCCUUCGCGAUAAUUAGAGGGACCAUCGAGGAGCUGGAGAAGGAGAUCACCAAGGUUACAGUUACCGCCGACAAAGAUCAGAAGCUGGCGGGAUCGAUCAAGAACAUGUACAAGAAACUGCAUCGGCCAUCCGAGACUCCAAAUCUUGAUGCGCUCUUGACUUUACUGCGAGCCCAACUAGGUGAUCUGCUAAACUUGCGACGGCAAAGAGAGGCCUCGCAAAAGCGCCGUUACCGCGCCACAGAACCCAAGCCUGUCUUGGCCUCAAAAGCGCCCGUGGCUAUAGACCGCAUGCCUCAAGUGACGGAGGUGCAAAAAACGGCGAAGCGGGUGUUUGCCGCGAUGGCGUCGGUGGUCAACUGCACUUGCCACCGCUUCUACUUCCAGCUGCAAUGCGAGUCGGAGAAGGAGGCCGAGAUAGAAAGGCUGGAAAAUGGAAAACGAAUGGAGGUUCAGAACACCAGCUUUAAACUCUUCCUAACACCAUCCGGGGUGGAAGAGAAAGUAUCCUGCACCUGUCUUUCCGUUCGAACAGACCCGGGUGCCCCAACACCCACCAGCACACCGGCACCACCUCCAUACACCAAACUUCCCCCAAAGGAAGCAGCAACAGUUAUGAAACCUAAGAAGAAGCUCCAGUUUGUAUACGAAACGGAUGGCUCCGCUGCCUCGCUCAGCGAAACCCUCACGGACCUUUGCUCUUCCAUAAGCUCACUCACUUCUCCCAUAAACACCCCCUCUUACCUCGGCGCUCUUCCGAGUACAGACGCCCAUCGACACAUCUACACCGAGUUCCAAAAACCUUCCGUAUCGCGAAUAUCCCUCCCACGAGUAUUUGAGCGCGCGCCAUUAUCACGGACGCGGUCCAUCCUACCUCCCACACGACGCUACCGGCUGGCAUGGAUCCUCUCUGCCUCCCUCCUCCGCUUCGGCUUCUACACAACCAACUGGUUCCGCGAGAACUGGCGGACUGGCGACAUAUACUUCAUGCAAGACGGCGACUCUUCCGCCGCCUUGGACUUUCCGCACAUCUCUGUGCACUUCAACCCAUCCACCUCGAAACCCGCUUACAAUACCGGCACCUGUCUGGCAAAGAACGAACAACUGUAUUCACUCGCAAUCGCGCUUAUAGAAAUUGGGUAUGGAGAUACCUUGAAGAAUCUGUGUAUGGAGGGGGAGAAGGGGGAGGCUGCGGAGAAGGAGUGGAAUCACGCCAGGGAGUAUGCCGGCGCCCAGGGACUCGCUAAGACUAUCGACCGCGUUAUGGGCCGGCGGUACGGCCUCGUUGUUAGGAGGUGCUUUUAUUGCAACUUUGCGAUCGAUGAGGAGGAUCUGACGCCUGCGAGACUACAGAGGGCAUUUUAUGAAAAGGUUGAGUGUGAACUUAGAGGGUGUAUGGUAGAGUUUUCUGGGUAAGGACCAAGCGGAAAAUGCAGCUGCGGGGAUCUAGAGAUGUGAAUAAUAGAUAGAUUCCUCAAUACUUGAUUCACGACAGGACUCAAGACACCAAUUAGUCAUAAAGAGCAUG